AUAAAUAGAAACGAAAUGGUGCGUAAACUCAAAUUCCACGAGCAAAAACUGCUCAAAAAGGUGGACUUUAUUACAUGGAAGGUGGAUAAUAGCGGCAAGGAGAACAAGAUCUUGAGACGCUAUCACAUACAAAAGCGUGAGGACUAUACAAAGUACAAUAAACUAUCCAGGGAAAUUCGCGAACUGGCCGAGCAAAUAGCGAAGCUAGAUGCCGCCCAUCCUUUCAAGAUCGAGUCAACCACGAUGCUGUUGAACAAGUUGCAUGCCAUGGGCGUAUCCAACGAUCAGUUAACUCUGGAGACGGCGGCCAAGACAUCGGCCAGUCACUUUUGCCGACGACGCCUGCCCGUAAUCAUGGUAAAACUGCGAAUGUCGGAAAACCUAAAAAACGCCACAGACCUCAUCGAGCACGGCCAUGUUCGUGUGGGCCCAGAAAUGGUCAAGGAUCCAGCCUUCCUUGUCUCCAGAAACCUGGAAGAUUUUGUUACAUGGGUGGACGGAUCCAAGAUCAAAGAGCACGUGCUGCGCUAUAACGAUAUGCGGGACGAUUUCCAAAUGUAAAAUGCUGUCGGAUUUACCUUUAAGAUGGAUAUUUUUUAAUAAAAGUAGAAUUACAAACACGAA